AACCGCUGGGGUUUGUAAUUCUGAGUCGCGUCUCUGCUCCUCUCCUCUACCUGGCGAUUAAGCGGUUCCCUCUGAGAGCACUCGAGCGGCGGCGUAGCCGCUUUCCCUUUCGCCGCCGUAUGUGAUAGGAUCCACGAUCGCGCGCCUAUCCUCUCCGACGAAGGGGACGACGGGACUGUCUGCUACUGACGCUUCCUGCUGCCUUCUUCCAAGCUGUGCUAUCGUUUCUUCUCAUUAUCGCAUCGCUACGUAAUAUAUCUUCUACUUCUCGAUUGAACCCUCCGUAAGAAGAGGGGAAAAGUUAUCUUUUUGGUGUUACGAUAUAGAUGGGGAAGAGGAAACGAAGCAAUGACUCCUCUGAGGAGAAGAUCGAUGGUGGGCACUGCCCUUCCACCAUAUUCGUAUCCAAUCUCCCCUAUUCGUUCAAGUCCUCUGAGCUGGAAGCAUUAUUUGGUGAAGUCGGACCGGUAAGACGCUGCUUUAUGGUCACUUCAAAAGGAUCAGAAGAGAGUUUGGGGUUUGGUUUUGUCCAAUUUGCUACUGUUGAAGAUGCUGAGCGUGCUAUUCAACUGAAAAAUGAGGCAUCCAUCAAUGGUAGAAGGAUUAGGGUCAAACUUGCUAAGUCCCGUCUUUCUCUUGCAGAACGUCGGCAAACCACAAAGCAUGUGCCCUCAGUGGAGAUGGAUAAAAAAAACAAUGAUAUUGUUCACUCUGGUGGCAAAACUGAGCAACAAGAGAUGCCCAAGCCAAACAAAAUAAAUAGUGAUGCAACUGUAAUAGAAUCACCAAGAAGAAUUGUUGAUAAACUCAAGGAAGAGUUGGGAAUCCAGGACCACAAUGCUGUAGUGGUCGGCUCAGAAAAGCAGAGGAUUGCUAGAACUGUUGUUUUUGGUAAUCUGCUGAACUAUGAGAUGGCCGUUGAAGUCAUUCGGCAAGCUGGAAAGAUUGGCACCAUAUGCUCAUAUACCUAUCCGCUUCCAAAAGAAGAAUUAGAGUUACAUGGGCUUGCUCGAGAUGGAUGCAAGUUAGAAGUUGCCUCAGUACUUUACACAAGUGUCAAAUCAGCACGAUUUUCUGUGGCAAAGUUACAUCAGCAAGAAAUAAAGGGUGUAUCUGUUUGGGCUCGCCAAUUGGGUGGGGAGGGUUCAAAAAUCAAGAAGUGGAGAGUAAUUGUCAGGAACUUACCUUUUAAGGUUACAGUUAGUGAGAUUCGAGAUGUAUUUACUCCAGCAGGUUUUGUGUGGGAUGUUUUAAUCCCUCAUAUGUCAAACGAUGGAGUUUCAAAAGGUUUUGCUUUUGUAUCUUUCACAUGCAAACAAGAUGCAGAAAAAGCCAUAAAAAACCUAAAUGGACGAUCAUUUGCAAAACGAACUAUUGCUGUUGAUUGGGCAGUUCCAAAAAAAGUAUACUCUGCUGCAAACUCCGCUGCCACUAAGGAAGGACAGCACAAUGACACUGACAGUGAGAGUAAUUCAGACACUAACAGUGACAGUGAAUAUGUUGAAGACGACAUGAUUAAAGAUGAAGUCAAACUUGAUAAAGCUGCUAUUCUUGAAAAGGCCUCAAAGGCUAGUGGAAAUAUGGUCCCAUCUAAUGAUAUUGAUUUUGCAUUGGAGGCAGAAGUUGCAAAAAAGGUCCUUGAUAAUUUGAUCAGAUCUACUGCUGGGUCUGAUCCAUCAUGUGGCAUGGAUUUCAAGAAAGAUGAAAGUAUUUCGGAGUUUGGUGUAGAAGAUGACUCUGAAAAGGAGGAAUCUCUCAUGCCUACAAGGAAAGGUGCAAUAGUAGAAGGCGAGGAUGCAAAAGUGAUAAAAACUGAUAUUACAGAAUUGGGAAAGAAAGAUAAGGAUUUAGAUAAAACUAUUUUCAUAAGCAACCUCCCGUUUGAAAUUAGCAUCGAGGAGUUAAAGGAGAGGUUUUCUUCAUUUGGAAAAGUGCAAUCCUUUCAUCCAGUUCUUCAUAAACUUACCAAGCGACCUCAAGGAACUGGCUUUCUGACAUUUGAUAGUCCAGUUGCAGCAGAUGCUGCCAUUUCUGCUGCAAAUGCUGAAUCUGGCUUAGGAAUCAUUAUUAAGGGAAGACCACUUAAGGUUUUAAAAGCCUUAGAUAAGGAAUCAGUUCACAAAAAGGAACUAGAGAAGUUAAAGAAUGAGGUGCAUGACAGACGCAAUUUAUAUCUAGCAAAGGAAGGUGAGAUUCUUGCUGGAACACCUGCUGCAGAAGGUGUAUCUGAAGAUGAUAUGAAAAAGCGUGAGGCGUUGAUGAAGAAGAAGAUGGAAAUGCUGAAGUCUCCAAAAUUCCAUGUAUCAAGAACUAUGUUGAUUAUCUACAAUUUGCCAAAGACAAUGAGUCCAGAACAAGUGAGGAAACUCUGUGUAAAUGCAGUUACAUCCCGUGCUUCAAAGCAGAAGCCUAUCAUCGAAAAGGUAAAGGUCUUGAAAGAUGCUAAGAAAGGCAAGGUUACAACUAAAAAGCAUUCCCAUGGUGUAGCUUUUGUCCAAUUUAGAGAACAUCAACAUGCACUUGUAGCCCUGAGGGUUCUGAACAACAAUCCAGAAACCUUCGGUCCCGAGCAUCGCCCGAUCGUGGAAUUUGCUAUUGACAACUUGCAGAAACUAAGACAACAUACAACUGACUUGGAGUCUAAGGAGAAUAAUCAUAAUUCAGCUGUGUUUCACAAUCAAACCAAAGGGAAUGACAGAGACAAUGCAGGUGAGGAAUCCAAGAAAGCAAAGCGCCGAACACUCCACAAGAGAUCAGCCCAACCAUCGGGAACUGCUGAAGAGCCCGGAGUUGAACUAAUAAGGUUGACUCCCGAGGACACUGAUCCAGAUGUAAAAGUUAGGGAUGCUGCUAAACAGGACAAGAAACAAAAUAAUGCUGGUAGAAGAGGCAAAGCUGCUCCUUCCACUAAAUCUAAGCAUAUUCGGUCGGAAUCAGAGUCCAACGCGAGACAGGGUGGAAAAGUUGUUCAAGCCAAAAAACCAAACAAUAAUCAGAUGGACACAUCUGGUGAGACUAGGAAAAGGAAGAGCACAACUGAGCCUGAUGGUGGGUUGGGACAUCAAAACCCAACUCGAAAACCUAAGAGGAGAAAGGGCUCAUCAGGAGGGGAAAUAGUAGAUAAGUUGGACAUGCUAAUUGAGCAAUACCGUUCCAAAUUUUCACGCCGCGAUCCAACCAACGGCAAAGAUGCAACUAAAUCUGGUCAAAAGGUUAGAAGAUGGUUUGAGCAACUUCCUGAUAAUUAGAUGUUUUGUUCUUUCCUUCUGCCGAAAGCCGAAAGGUGAAAGCCUCAUCUUAGGGUUUAUAAUUAGAUGAGAUGUAACCACUGCUGAUUUUGUGUUUAACAGACAUGUCACGGCUUGCAAAACCAAGUAUGAAAUUGAUAUGGUGUUGUACCAUAUUAUUUAGACGAGUUAUGUAUGAUUGAUAAUAUUUGAAACGAGUUAUUAUUACAUUAUAGUUUAGAUCUUUACAUCA